CGGGAGGCGGAUCCCAGGACGGACCGGAGCUCCUGGGCUGCUCUGCGCGACUGUGAGCGGAACGCGGCUCCGUGCGGUUGCCGGGCCUGCAUUCUGCACCAGAGGUUGCAAUGUAUCCCAGGAUUAAAAGCCUUGCACUUUAUGCCUUUUCAGUCACGCUGCUGGCAUCUCUUUUUUACAUCAGAAGAGAAACGAAGCUGCUAACGUCACCAGUGGAUCAGAAGGUGGAUGUAGCAGAUCCCAAACCUUUGGUUCUGGGCAACGCUGAACCCAGCAAAUGUUUGCCUGACUUGGCCGUUGCCAAUUCUUCUCUCUCCCUCCCAGCGCUUCACCGCAUCUUCCUGACUUACAGGCACUGCCGAAACUUCUCCAUCCUGCUGAGGCCUUCCAGGUGUAGCAAAGAGACCUUCCUCCUGCUGGCCAUCAAGUCUGCCCCAGUCAAUAUAGAACGGCGGGUGGCAAUCAGGAACACGUGGGGCAAGGAGGUCUCCAUCGGCGGCAGGCGCAUCAGGUUGGUGUUCCUUCUGGGGCGCUCGGAGGCCAAAAACCAGGUGCAGCCACUGCACCAGCUGCUGGCUUAUGAGAGCCAAGAGUUCGAUGACAUCGUGCAGUGGGAUUUUGUUGACAACUUCUUCAAUUUGACCCUCAAAGAGCUGCAUUUCCUCCGCUGGUUCAUGGAGGACUGUCUGAACGCCAGGUUUGUGCUGAAGGGUGAUGAUGAUGUCUUUGUCAACACUUACAAUAUUGUUGAGUUUCUCUGGGAUUUGAAGCCUGAACAGGACCUCUUUGUUGGAGAUGUGAUCGCUAAUGCCCGGCCCAUCAGGAACACAAAAGUCAAGUACUUUGUUCCUGAGUCUAUGUACCGAGCUUCCUUCUACCCUCUGUAUGCAGGUGGAGGGGGCUACGUGAUGUCCAGAACGACAGUACAACGCCUCCAGAGCACCGCAGAGGGCAUGGAGCUCUUCCCCAUAGAUGAUGUCUUUGUGGGAAUGUGUCUGGCAAAGAUGGCAGUGGCCCCAAAGAACCACGCUGGCUUUAAGACUUUUGGGAUCCAGAGACCUUUUAAUUCUUUCGAUCCAUGCUUUUACAAGGAACUGAUGGUUGUGCACAAACUAAACCCAACCGAGAUGUGGAUCAUGUGGACGCUGGUGAAGGAUGACAGCAUUAGGUGUGCGGUGUCAGUAACACACACCCACAGAAGGGGCUGGAAGUGAAGCUACUGCUGAGCACAGCAGCAGCUGGCUGUUGACAGAUACAGGGUACUUAAACUAAAAAUCAGGUGGUAGAAAUGUUUUCUACUAACAGGUUAUACUUGAGCCAUGGGGUUUUGUUUUGCAGUCGGUCUUUUUCUGUCAGUGGGUUAUUGAGGUGGUUGAAUUGUCAUGGGAAGGGCUAACAGCUUGGAGAUGCAGCACAGGAACUUGGCUUGCUUCCUCCUGGCCGUGCUGGAACCUGGGUGAGCCACAGCUGUCACAGGUGACGUGAAUGAAGUGCCACCUCCACUGGAGGCUCGCAACACUGAGACUGGUGUCUAAUUUGUUCUCUUUAGGGAAGCUCGUGAUGACUAAUGAGUGACUAUACUUGAAAUUAAUCUUUUGAAAUCAAGGCAAGGGUAGAACAGAGGCCAGCGUAUGCUGCUGUGUGCACAAAUCUACUGUCCCAGAUCAGCAAUCCUGCAGGUCCUACAGGACAGCAGGAGAAAGGAAAAGGAGUGGGAAAAGGAAAGCAAGGCUUGGAAACAUAUUGCCUUAACACAGCACAGUGAUCACCCAGUGAUGUGAGGGACUGGGCUCCAACUCGAGCCGUUUGAUUUUACAGAAGGUUAUUACAGGCUGACUUGCACUGGAAGCUUUUGCACACUUUCUGAUUGGGUGUCAGAGGAAAAGUAUGUCCUGAGUGGUAGUAAAGCACAGUGGCUGCAGCUUUUCAGGCUGUGUAGGAGGUGUUUGGGACUUAUUUGGUUUGUUUGGUUCUGUAACGUUGAGUAUAAAUAAAAUACAGUUUUGAAAAUGUUUUCAUGGAAAUAUUCGUGUGUCUCCUGAAAGCUAAAAGAACUACAAGUAAAAAGAGGCUGAUAUGUGACACUGGGUAUGUGCACAAAGGAGCCACUGAUAUUAAAGAGGAUGGGGUUAUGUGGAAAUAGAAACUUGCCACAUCCUCUUCUGUUCUCAUCCCCCCAGUCCAGACAUGAUGUACUAAUAUGGAAUCAGCAAUUCAGCUGACAGUUCUGAGUAACUAAUCUGAGAAAUGAUUAAAUUGAAGCUAAGUCUUGCUUAUACUUCUAUGAAGCUUCUCAGCUCCAAAGUGUCCUGCAGCUACAUGUGCUGUGUGUGAGCUGGCAGUGACCUGGAAGCUUUAGAAAAUAUCUAAGGAAAAAGAGGAAGUGUACAAUUACAGAAAUCAGAGUGUUUUGUGUUGUGCUGCUCAUAGCUGUCUUGUGUUCACCGUCACCAGAUUUGAGCUGGAAUUUUCAGAGGUGCCUGGGUUGUCCUACAAGGAGGAAUUCCUUGUUUAUGCUCCUUAGAGACUUGAAGACAUCCCUAGCCCAGAGAUGUGACAUGCAUCCUGUGGAGGCUGGCUGCCAGUGUGGGGUGCAAUACUGUCAGUUCUUGCUUAAUAUUGUAUUUUCUUUGCUGCCUUAGCUUCUUAAAGCACCAGGUGUAGUUUUAAUUUAGCUCUGUUGUGUGACCCAGGCUCUUAUAGCAUGAGUUGCAACCCCCGUGUAAGCUUUUUCUGCUAGGUAUGAGUAGGUGUGUCUGAGGAACUUAAGGGUGAUCUGUGUUCAUCCUCAGCAAGCUCUUGAACAAGCUGCUAGCAUAUUUCUCACUGCAGCCUUAGCAGUAUUGUCUGAGAUACUGUCUACAAAUAGCUUCAGAUUAAUUGGCUUUGUAAACAAGGUUGAGUAUCAGGCAGCACUUGGUUUCCCGGCGCUGUUCUCUGUGUACUACUGCUUGUUCCGGAGAAGGGAUGUGACAGAGCAGUUUGGUAUGACGUGAACUGCUGUGGCAGCUUUUUUCUGUUCCCCUAAAUGAUUCCAAACGCAAACUCAGUAACAUCAUGCAGUGAGUGCUGUUAUGGCUCUUCUGGGCUUAAUUGUGUUAGUUAAUUUCUGACGUGCAACUCACUUCUCAGUGAAGGGUUGGGGCUUCUUUCCACUCCAUUUUGGAGGUAAUGUCAAGCCACUCAUGAAUCUAUUUCCCUUUUUGAUUUGAGCUGACUUGCUACUUCCACAUCUGCAAGUCUGAUGUGAGUAAAGUUUGGGUCAUACUGUAAAACAAGAAGUGGGCAAGAGGGAGUGGGGCAGACUCUGCAAGGGGAGAAAUUGGUGGGAAUAUUCCCAGCUCCUGGGUUGAUGUUCAUCUCCUUUAAGGCAUACCCCUAUGCAAGUAUCAGAGUUAUUGCAGCAUCUUGACUGCUACACAACCUGCACACGCCUUUCAGGCAGUGGUUUGGCAGGAGUUCCUAAACUACUGCACAGAGCAAAUAAGUGCAGCUGUGGUUAGAAGCCUGACCUGAAGUUGCAGUUAGCUCUUAAGGAUGUGGUUGUGUCACAUUUACAACUUUGGGACCCUCUGAC